AGUUAACAAAACAACAGCAUAAAAAAAACCAAUUGGCAAAAAUUUUGAAGAAAAGUGAGAAUCCAGUUCAAAAAAAAAAUUAACAACACAAAAUUUAAAAAAGAAAAACUUUAAAAGAAAAAUGAAAUUUGCAAAGCAACUCGUAAUUUUUGUGAGCCUAUUGGCCAUGGGCCAUGGCCUGAGUUUACCUCAACUUCGUGAAUCAAUUAAUGAAAUUGCCCAAAAUGUAUUGACUUUGUGCAAAAACCGCCAAAAUGAUACCCGCUUUGCUGACUACAAUGAUUGCCAUAAAUUCUAUGUCUGUGCCAAUGGCAUGGCCCAUGAAUACAAUUGUGACGAUGGUUAUCAUUUCGAUCAAUUCUCGCUUACGUGCAUGGAGGGUGGCGAUUGUCAAAACAAGGAAGUUCCCAGCGAAUGUUCGGAUGGCAGUGUACGCGCAGUCGAGGGCGAUUGUUACAUUUAUCAGUCGUGUGUUAAUGGCCAAUAUCAAAACAUCAAGUGUCACAUUGGUUAUUACUUUGAUGCCUCCAAGUUGGCUUGCAAACCCAUUCUCUACAAUGCCAAUUACAAGUGCAAUUGUGUGGUGCCCGAUCACACGGUAAUGUCGAACUAUGACAACUGUGAAACCUAUUAUCUGUGUGAAGAUGGUGAGGCCAUCCUCACCAAUUGUCCCUUGGGUGAAUACUAUAAUGCCACAUAUAAUUCGUGUUUGCCCGAUUUGGAUGCCAUUUGCCUGAUGGAACCCACCAAAUCACCUUUGCUAAAAAUCAAGUCCCAUGUUGAGAAAUUGGCCAAGAAUGCCAUGGAAACGAUGUGUCAAAAUGUUGGAAAUGAUCAGAUCACGUUCUAUGCCUCUGACAGCGACUGUAACCAAUUCUUUGUCUGUGCCAAUGGCCAGUUGCACAUCCAGAAAUGCCCGCAAAAUUUCUAUUUCGAUGACAACAAGAAAUUCUGUGUUUUUGAUUCGAAUCAGAAAUGCCAGCAGAAUGGACUGAGUGCCGUUGAAACGCCAGCAGCUGCUCCCAUGCCCAAAAUCGUUGUCUCGCCCCAGGAAAUCGCCUCCGGUCACAUGAAAUAUUAAAACGUGUUUAUAUCUUGAACGAUAAACAAUGAAUAAUAUGAUUCUCGCCUCUCAAUGUACCUGGAAUUUUUCUUUAAUUAGGACGGACGAACGGACGGACAGACGUUCGGAUGGUCAUUGUCUAAUUCUAGUAUAUAUGUAUAGCCCAUAACACCUCCUCAAUUAUUAUAAACUAGUUUUAAGAUCCCAAUACUAUAUAUAUGUACGAUUGUAUUUAACCAAUAAAAAAUUAAAGUAUUAUUUAUUUGCAAAAUUUGAA